ACUUUUUGGAUUACGCGUUAUUAGUUUUUUCUUUUAUUGCUUACUUUGUUAAGUUGUUUGGCUCCUUGGUAAAGAGAUGAGGGCUACUUCAAUACUUUUGCACAUUACUUUACAUGCGAGAUCUUCAAACUUGCCUAACAGUUUCAUAAUUAUAGAUACUGACGGCUUUUAUAGCAACUGGAAAAGCUUGUACAGCUCCUCAGGAUCCUAAUGUCAGACAAAGAGACGGUUCUUAUAUCCAGUGCUGUUUAUGAAUAAGUGUGUGUGCGUAUCACAAAUGUUUUCACAACUAUUAGUAGUAGUAUUGGUUUUUUUCAUAUGUGCAUCUCAUUAAUUCCUAGUUUUUAUUGUCUUGUACAGCACAGUGACUACAUUUUGUGAAAAUUUCUCUCUAGACUGUUCAUAAUAAUAUACAAAUAAACUUGCAUGUUUGCUUAACUGCUUCAGGGAAUGCACCCAGCAUUCAUUGGUGCCCAGUAUCCAUUCUCAGUGGCCACUGGCCCCCAGCCAUCAAUGGCAGCCACGGCUGUCGCCUUCCCUGGUGUUCCUGUACCGUCCAUGACUCAAAUUGCUGUCCACCCCUACCACACUGAGGCUGGUCUGCCACUCAGCACCACUGUAGCAGUUGGUGGUGUUCACCCUGGCCCCACCAUCCAGGCCAUCCAGGGAGCAUCUCUGCCCUCUCUAUCCUCUCAGCCUGCCUCCUUGGUCAGCAGUCCUUUCCCAGCAGAAGAUGAGCAGCACAGCCAGCCCAUUAGCCAACAAGGCCUGCACUACUUGCAUUCUGCUUAUAGAGUUGGCAUGUUGGCAUUAGAGAUGUUGGGCAGAAGGGCUCACAAUGACCAUCCCAACAACUUCUCCAGGAGCCCUCCUUAUACUGAGGACGUCAAAUGGUUGCUGGGACUUGCUGCCAGGCUAGGAGUCAACUAUGUGUACCAGUUCUGUGUUGGAGCAGCAAAAGGCGUCCUCAGUCCAUUUGUCCUGCAGGAGUUAAUCAUGGAGGCCUUGCAAAGGCUGAACCCUGCCCACAUCCAUGCCCAUCUUCGAACACCUGCUUUCCAACAACUUGUCCAGCGCUGCCAGCAAGCCUAUCUGCAGCAUAUUCACCACCGGCUCAUCCACCUGACACCUGCUGACUACGAUGACUUUGUCAACAUGAUCCGCAGCGCAAGAGGUGCUUUCUGUCUGACUCCUGUGGGUAUGAUGCAGUUUAAUGAUGUGCUGCAGAACCUGAAAAGGGGCAAACAGACCAAGGAACUAUGGCAGCGUAUAUCCCUGGAGAUGGCAACCUUCUCUCCGUGAGCAGCACACUCGGGGAGACAAAAUCUGCUCAGCGUCAGCCUGGGCCAAGAAGUCCCAUCCAGCCUCCAGCAUAGCUACUGCCACUGCACUGAGCUGACCACACUUACGUGUGAUUUUGUUAGGGCCAUUGCUUCCUGCUCCGAGGACUCAGUGAAGCGCACAUAGGCAGUGCAAUCGACUCCCAUUCCCCAAUUCACAGACUUACUUUCGUUUUUUGUGUUUGUCCACCAGAGCGUUGUGAAGUAGCCUGGUCACUUACCUGCUCUUCCUGGCUGAUCUUUUAUCAUUGUUUAUCGUUAUGUAAAUGUGGAAUUCCGGUGUACUCCUUCCUUUCUUCAUUUCUCCUCAACUUAAGACUGACAGGGAUCUCUCCUCCUCAUCCUCACUUCAUUUUCACUGUUUUGUAUUCUGUUUUUAGUUUUGUUUUAAAGGAAACCACUGCGUGAGUUAUUUUUUAUGCUGCAACAUUCCUGUGUAGUGUUAGAUGCUUCACUCACCAGAGUCUUGUCACCAUGGAUAUGAAUCAUUACAGUGUGGGACAAAACAAUGAUUUGUGAGAAGAAGAAAAAAAGUUUAAUAUGAAGCAUUUUAUUGUCCCUAUUGGUGAGGAUUUUUCAGUAUUUUGUUUAAUCUUUUUUUGAUACUUUGUAAUAGGCUAUGACACGUAAGCAAAUAGGAAUGGGACGAGAGUGAGGGAAUGCUGAAGGUGCUUUUUCUGUUGUGUGGGAUACAUUUGUACAUUUUAGCCUGCCUGAGAAGUGACAUGAACAGCUCCAGACCAAAACCAGAGGCCACCUCACCACUGCUUAGGCAAACAAUGUCUGCAAGGCCUUCUCGAGCUACACUGUCCAACAGUCAAAACACCUUAUCAGUCCCAUUUGGGCUAAGUUGUUUGUUUGUUUUAAAAUAAUUUUCCAAUAUAGAAUCCCCAGAUUUCCAGCAGCUGUCAGAACAUUUAAUAGAUCUUUUAUAUAAAUAUAAAAAUGCUUUAAGGCAAACUAAUUUGCUUAAUCUAAUUUACAAUGCUGUCUAAACACAGCUACUAAACAGACUCCUGACUAAAACGCAAUAAAAAGAAUUUAGAAUAGCAUGACCAUAAAUAUUAAAAUCACGCAUCCAGCCCUUCUUCACCGCAUCUAAAGCACUGACUAGUUUAAAUGCACAGAAUACAGCAGUGUGGAUGGAGAUGGCAGACCUAUUGGAAGCAGCAUUGUCCAUUUGACUGAUCCACAUCCUUUUUCGUCCAAAGUUUUCCAUAUUGUAAAAGCCAAACAUACCGUGUAAACACUCCUUUAUAAGCCUUUCGUUUGUCCAGUGAUAUGGAGUGCAUUUGCCUUGUUCUGAUGCACCAAACAAAACUAAAACCACUGUUUGGAUGAUUGAAGUGUAAAAGAAAAACUUUCUGGCCGCACUCAGAAAAACCCAAAUAAGCCACACAAAACUGAAAUGUCUGCUUUAUUAUUCAUGUGCCUGUUUUUGAAGGCUAGGAAUUUGGUUCAGCAAAUGUACAUUUUUAGUGCAAACCAUACACAGUGGACAAGUCCCAGACAUUGCUGUCUCACCUUUCAACCACAUUUGUUUUCUCUGCAGAUUACACUGACAUCUAUUAUAGUGUAAUCAGUACCAGUCACCAUAUCAGCUUAGCGUUUUAGGUUGUCCAAGGUCCUGAAUUAUAUGCUGCUCAUGCUUUGUAUACACUGUCACACAUGUACAGUGUAGCUAAUCAUCUAAAACCCAAAUGUUCUGAGACUAUUACUUUGGUACCACGUUCUCUUAAUUAGACAUGGCUUUGGCUUUGCUCUGGAAAGUGCUAUCUUCUUUGUUUUCAGUUUUCUGGUCCACUUAAGCCCCAACACUCUUCAAGACAGUUACCAGACACAUAUGACACAGUGUGUUUGAGUGGCCCUCUUCUUCGAUGUGGUUAGCUCAUAGCCCAUGGUGCUGUUACUUCUAGACAUGUUGACACAGUCCAGGCAGCUGCUGUGGUUCUGAAACUGGCUCAUUGGUUCUGGACCUCACAGGUGAAGGUGACGUAGUAGAAAAUGUACUGUGAUAUUUUUGUAUUUCUCAAAAGUGUAGUUUGAUUGAAAAGUUGUAUAUGUGCUGAUUGCAAAAGGUUCUAAUUGAGAGUGCAAAGACAAAAAAUAAAAGCAAUAGUAAAAGUGUAGAGUUUACUUUAAUAAAGAUCAUUGAAAACACUAAA